UUAACGUUGUCCUGGUUUAAUUCAUUUCCGGAGUGGUGCUUUUAUUCUGAAAGGGCGUUGCUUCGGAAGCUGUGUAUGCACGUCAUGACUGCAGGUCUGCACCAUUAGGCUAGUUUUUCUAUCUAUUUCGUAAAUAUGGCGACUUUUUUCGGUGAAGUUCUGUCGGUGUAUUCUCGGGCGGUGGAAGAUGAUGAUGAGGAUUCCGAAGAAAACGAGGAAGAUGAACAAAUACGGAGAGAACUUGAGGAAAAAAGGUAAACAAGUGUUAGCCACCUAGCAUGAAUACAGGAAGAGUCAGGUUAGAAAGCAUGGAAAAAGAAAGUGAUGUAAAGUUAAGCAACGUGGUUAGAAUAAACCUAUAAACAUAUAAGUUUCCUCCUGUUUUGUAUCAUAUAUUACUGCUGGAGCUUCAAAUUGUUCACUUAAUGUUAAAGUUUGCUUCAUGUGUGGUUGUAAGAAGCUAACAUGACUCAUGAAAUAUGCUUAACAUUAGCCUGAAAAUGGUUUCAGAUUACUAAAGAAUUAAUUAUAAUGUCUAUAGAUGUACAAGAAAGGCACAUUUUAUUGCCAAAAAAAGAUAAAUUGUGUCAUGGGGAUUUUUAACCACCCCCCUCUUAAGUAUAAUAAAAUGUUUAGUAGAGAUGUGUUCAUGUAAGUUUGGCACUUUAUGCAAGAUUUUGACUUUUGGUCUCACUGUUCACAGAAAACUCUUGUUAGUAUUUGGUUAAGCUGUAAAAAGUCGAGUUAGUACGUAGGUAAGCUUUAAAAUAGUGACAGCAGCACUCCAACUAGUGUUGUGCCGUUCGCGAACGAAUCGCGGAUUGAACUAAACUCUCUGGAAUCAUUUUUGUCGGACAAAACGACCUUUUUUUCCCACUGCUAAAUUGCCACCACAACAACUUGCAAUAGGACACAGCAUGUAACAAGUAGUGCAUUAAACCCGCAGCAUCCUAUCAUUGCAGCGGUUUGCGAGGGAACGGUGCAUGUUCAGUGUGAAUCCUUCUAAAUGUUCAGUGAACGAAUCACUCACUGACCCCAAUUUACAGAGCAGACCUGGUAAAUAGCAUACCAUAGGACAGUACACUUAAAACAUCAUGACUUAUAAACAAGUUCUUUUCUACAAACCUGUUUGCCAAAGAAACACAGCCACAACACUCUCGUCUCCCAGUCUCAGAAACUGUAAAUUGAACUGAAUCCUGAACUGUUCAGCUGUGUAUCAGUUCAGGACGCCAGAGUCGCAGGCUCCUCCGGCUAAAUGAUUCAGUGAUUUGGUGAACAAAUCUUUUGAACGAAUCUUUUUAGUGAACUGAUUCUAGUGAUUCAGUACAUCUAAAAGAACUGCCAUGCCCAUCACCAACUCUAACUAGUUUCAGUUUCAGCACAGGCACACACCCUCAAACUAAUGUUGCUCCACAGUUACUGAUUGUCAAAGUUGACAUAUACAGUGAAUAUGAUUCAACUGAACAAUUUUCAGGUUUUGUGUUUAAUAGGAAGUACUUGUCAUUUUGAACAGAAAAAAAUGCUGCUUUGUCACCCUCUUCUUUUCUGACACUGUUUCUCAUCCAUGUCAUAAUCUGAUUGUAACUUCAUCAGGGAAGUUCACCUUCACUGGAGCCCUGAAGUCUCAGAGUCGAUGAAGUCUGGGAACAAGCUGCAGUGUUCGGAGUUCAUUCUCGCUGUUGGACACAAUGCUGCCAGUAAGUGAAACCUCUAACAGUAAUGGCUACCUUUUUGAUGUUUUUGAACGCUUUUUCAACAAAGAAUUUGAUGUAAGAAAAUUCCCCCUUAGUGAUCCCUCUGUAGAGAAUGAUUCAUCCACUUGCAAAAAAAUUAUGUUUUUGUUAAUAGCAACUGUAAGCGAAAUAAAGCAACAACAAGCAACUUUAUUAUUUUCAAAUGUACAAUUCUGCCUUUAAAUAUAGACUAAAGCAAGUAUGAUACGAUUUAGAAAAGUAAUCUCUGGGGUAGUUUAUUAAUAUACAUAUAAUAAUGAAAAUGACGAUAAUAAUAAUAAAAAUAAUGGAAAAAAUGCAUUUUAUUUAUAGGCCCCUGACAAAGCAUUCAAGGUCGCUUUACAAGAAAAGAUUAAAAGACAAAGAAGUAACUACACAAAAUAAGUAAAUAUACAUGACAUUAUUCCAAGUGUCACUGCAAAAAAAUCUGUUGAGUGUUUAUUUAGUUUCCCUGAAAACUGGCAAACAAAAACCGAAGCACAAAAGCAGAUGGUUCGAACAACUGAGAGGCAAAAACCAUUGAAUAUUAAUAUAUUUAUGCCAGAAAAGAAUAAUUUUUAUCAUAAUAGCUGCUUAUUACUUUUAUGCCAUUGAAGUAAAUCACUCAGCUCUAAUGAAAAUGGUUGCACCUGUUUCAGUACCUUCUGUUAGAGAAAUACUAACACGGGUCUGUUAUUGUUCUUCCAGGUAGUUUGUAAGAGGUUUUAAAGGGCUGUUGAUACUAUAACCAGUAUAAAGAAGUAAAUAUGUAUGUUCUUUCCUGUCAUGUCAGAUAAGAAAAGUAUGAAAAAACACUCUUGUCACAUGUGAGCUGCUGCUGAAUACAGAGAGGAUCUGUCCUCACAGGGUUUCUGUCAGUGUACGUUCUCACCUCUCCAAACUGGGACCCAGUGGGACAUGCAUCCGUGUGGAACGAGAGGAGCCGGGCUGUUUCUGGGCAAACCAGCGAGGAGUCGGCGUGUGUUUUCUACAGACAGAAGGACAACCCAUCAGUGAGUGACACACUGAGCAAAACACCAUGUGGUAAUAUCUGAGUAAUGCCUCCGAAAACACAUAUAGUGCACGAACACAAUGAUUAUUCAGUUUAAUGAGUUUUUUCCAGAUUGUCUGUUUAAAUUGUUUGGCAUUAAGAGCACAUUACAAUGCUUUUGCCCAGUUCAUUAUCAAACUACAAACAAGUGACAAAUUAAAGGAACAAUCCAGAAAACCUGGAGAAGUAUCAAAGAGCAGAUGCUUUCCUUGACAGCAGGGAUAAAUCAUUAAAACAAUUAGAGUUUGUUGAAACUAAUUAUAUUACCACAUCAAUCCAACGCUUGUUUAAAUGCUCACAUUAUAUCCUCAUAGAUGUGAUAGAACAGAGUUUGGCCCACAGUUCAUUUCAAGAGGACGUCAUCAGGCUCCGCUUCAGCCGCAAAAGUUGUAAAGUAGGCCAUGACGCACAGGAUUGAUGAACUCUGGGAAUCUGGUGUCUCUAACAACAGUUGUCAGCUUACAGAGUUAUAACCAACAAGUCUGAUGUGUGUAGAAAUGUGCGCGUGGUUUUUCCAUCAGCCUGGUGUCAUUUGCACGUGAUUCAAUCAAGAUAAACAUUGUGAACGACCCUGUGUGAAAGCACUGCCCUGCUGAGGAAGCCUCAGAUUUAUCACGCUGCCCUCAGAUGGCUGCAGGGAGUUAAUGAACUGAAGAGAAAGAAUUUUAUACACUAUAAAGCCGCUGUGGACUAGAAAUACUGUAGCCAUAACACAUUAAUUUAUACAGCGCAGAUUUACUGAAAUUCCUCUCCUGGCAACCUGCAUUUUUAAAGCUGUUAUAUAUGCUUCUGGAAGUUUUGUGUUUGUAAGCAUUUUCUGGGUCAUUUUUGCUGAUCCAAGAAGUUAGAACCGACACUGAUAUUUAAGAUAAUAUACGGCUUAAUGAGUAUUCUUCAACAUUCAUUUCUAUUUGUCGUGUAUUUGCUUCAGUAAGAGUAUCUGUUCUCCAGUUUGUCAUCAGUGCAGUUAGACCCAAAACAACACCUCCUUGUCUUUUUGAAAAACUCCUACCUGUUUGUGUUAAGCCCACUAAGGUAUGACGUGCCAACCUGUGAAGCAAAUUUAAAGGUCAGAAAAAUCCAAAUGGUUGGAGUCAAGUCUGUGUAGGCUCUGAUUUGAAGCUGGCUGUGGUGCCAUGAUGAAAAGAGAGCUGUUUGUCGGCGGUUUCUUAAAUGUGCUGUUCAGCCGUAUAAUCAGACUGUCCUGUGUUCAUGUUAUGCUUUUAUGUUGUAGAGAUGUAUAUUUUUAUUCCACAAAUGGUGCUUUAAUGUUUCAUUCUUUCCAUUUUAGGUUUUGAUUUGCCAAGUGACAUGCUUCGUUGCAGAGGACCAGCUCUUUCAGUGGACAGAGAAGGUCUGUUUAUACAAAAUAAACAAAUAGAGUAGCCCAUUUUCUAUAGAUAUGAAAGACUCACUCUUAAGUUUGCAAAAACAAAAUGAUUUACCUUCAAAUGUUAUGCUCUGUUUCUACCAAGUCUGUUUGGUGAAAUACAGCCAAACACUACACGCCGUACCUUUAGAGAAUUUUUUAGAAAUAAAUCAGCUCAACAGCAGUCAGUCAUUGCAUACACAGAUUUUUGGUACCAUGCGAACUUUAUUUUGCACUCUGACAAUACAACUGUGGACAACUCUAUUUUUUCCCCUUAAAGGUACACUCAGUUAACACUCUUUUGCAGGCUGCUUGAGGUGCAAAGCAGGGGACCUACACAAUAUUUAAAAAAAUCUCAAUUCUAAAGCUGAAGCUAUGAUUUUUUUAAUUUUCCUACUGACUCACUGAAAAGAAUGUCCACCUGAUGGUUAGAUGGAAACACUAAAUGUUGUGAAACUCUGUCUCUUGCAGGUUUUUGACUGUCUGCAGCACAGGGAGCUAAACGUGACGGUUCUAUCCGACUGCUCUGUGGCUGAGUACAAGACAGCAGAUUAUCUGCACUGUAGCUCCGCCCCCUUCCUUCGCACACUCCACACUGGCGCUUACAGUGGGCAGCCGGUCUGUCGAUCACUUGAACAACCAAAUAUAGUUACCGGGCUCCCUGCUGCAGGUAUUACUGUUGCAGAUUAGUAUUGUCAUUGAAUUUUGUGUCAUGUUGUCUCAUCCCUAGGAAUGUGCUGACAAGCAGCUUUCCCUCUGCUCUUUCAGAUUCUCAGACAGAAAAAAGAUGAACUUUGGGCUGUUCAAAGCUUCAGAAAUGGGCUGACACAGAGUCUGACACAUGCUUCUGCUAGUUUAUGGAGUAAUGCCUCUUGAAUUAUUAAAAUGUGAGCUUAUUCUUGUAAAUAAGAUGCUAAGUAUUCACACUGAAUCCUUUUUGAGGAACUGUCUGAUUUCCAAUCCAAACUUUCUUUUAAUAAAACCCCUGCCAGAAACUUUUGGCAUUGGUUCCCUACAUCCACAAAGAGGUACUAUUUAUUGCUUUGCUGAUCUUGACCUGUACACGUGUUGGUGUUUUUCUGACAAAAAUAUCUUAUACUGUAUGACUAAUAAUUACUGUCCUGGUAUUCUGGAAAGGGUUUUUGGCAGCACAGUAUAAUUCAUCGUCUGACACGGACCCCCAUGGCAGUGUUUACAAGUAUUAAAAACUGCAUUUUAGAAAACGCCAACCUCGUUCCUUGCUGCUCUCUUUGUUGUUGUAGCUCAUAACGAAGCAUUAGUGUUAAUUUCAGCCUGAUUCAUUGCCAGUUAAGAUCGCGGUACAGUAGCUUUAAAGAAAAACAUUUGUUGUAAUUGAAAACAAUGAGGGUCGUUUUCUCAGCUGUUACACGUACAUCACACAUUCAGCAAAGAUGAGACCUUCUCGGUGUGAUCACAAUUUACAGUGAAUUAAUGAACCAAAACACUACAAUUGUAAGGCAGUCCUUUACAGUAAAGAGAGAAAUAGUCUAAGCUCAAUGUUAAUAAAAGUCUGGAAACAUUUCAGCAUUGAAUAGGAGGCAUUAACCCCUGUGUUGUCUUAUAAAUCGAGCGUUGUAUCUAUUUCCCUUCUUGAAAUGUCCUGUGUAAGUGUCCUUGAGCGAGACACUGGAGCUGAAAUUGUUCCUGGUGUGUGUAUGCGGGGAGAAGCUAUUAGUCUCUUUGUACAAAAGCGUCUGCCAACUGAAUGAAUUGUAGAGCCAUUAGACUCCUUUCCACUCUCUGAGCACGCACACUCCUGCAUCCUGAUUUGGUCAUUUUGGUGCUAUUGUACAAAAAGACACUGAAUUCCAAACAAACUGCUGAUUUAUCAGGGUGGAGAGAAAGAGCCUGUAGCACUCAGGACUGACACUUUAUGCACCUGUCUAGUCUUCAUUGACUCUCACUGUUUCAUUGUGUGGUCUUCAUUCCUCUGCUCUGUGUUGUUUCAUCAGUGCUGAACCACUGUGAGGUCCACCGCAUCACCGCUGUUGUUUACCAGUGUUACAGUGAUGUCAUUGGCCCUGACUCUGUCACCAUGGAGACCUACAAGCCUGCACUAACUAAGCUUGGCAAGUCCAUACAGGUGAGCUGCUGUUCUUUUUUAUCUCUAAGAGAGCUUUUUGAAAGGUCAGGGUGCUCAGGAAGAAGAUGAAAGAAGAAGCUCAGUUUAAAGUUUGGGGACUUUGGAAAAGAGGAAAGUUUUUUUCCACAUCCUCUUCUCCUGUUUCAUGGUUUUAUCAUACCCUCAGUAUUAACAUAUACAUGUGAUAGUGUGACAAUAAUUGAGGUUCUGAUGAAGGUUUUAAACACACUCACCUGCAACUUUAUUUGAUAAACCUGCACUAUCUAAUAUGAUAAAAACCCACAGUUCUGUUAUCAUUAAGGUCCUUUUACACCGGGACCGUUUUUGUCAUGCGAUUAUUUCGGAUGUCAAUGUCUUUUUCGAACCCAUAUCCUGUCAAUACAAGCGUUCACAUCAUAGUUUCCUGUGCUUAUCAUAUCGCCUCUGAUUGGCUAUAAGUGUGAUGACAUUUCCAGCUUUUCCAGCCAAUCAGAGGCGAAGGAGGCGGGAUGCGUCUUUUUCCCCCCGGAAAGUCGCAAAGUUGCAUCGGGUUUGAUGUGUAUUGUCAGGCCCAUCAAAAUUCGCCUUUGAAUAUUUUGUAAUGUCCUUUAUUGUCAAAACUGCAAUUCUUUUAAUGUGUUACUUUGGUUUUGUUACGACGUCUCUAAAAAGGCUCAAAGUGAAGAAAGGUAUAUUUUAUUUUCUUCCACACCUUCGUUAGUUUGAUAGGGCAUUGGCUAAAGUAAGAAGAAGAGAAAAGGGGUAAGAGUUCCUCACAGGAGCUUUAAGUUGAUGCCCUAAAAAUACUUCUAUGACAGUGUCAACAUUUAAUUAUGUUUUUAAAGAUUAACAUUUUUAAUAUAGCUGUUGUCUCAUAUAGUCUCAACUGUUUGACAUUCAAUAAUAGAAGCAACAUUUCUUACCACAAGUGUCUGCAGUUUAUCUUUCGAUUUAAAGUUACACUCCUCUACUUUAGUUUUCGUGUGCAGAAUCCUGUAGCUCUGACUUUUGAUGACUUUUCUUCUGGGUUGUUAAACUUCAAUAGCAAUGAUUUGACCAGGUGAAUGUCAGUCUGAUUCAAACUGCAAGAAGUGCUCGAACUAUGAGUCACACAGCAGCGCACAUAAGAAAAAUGAACAAGUGUCUGAAAAAAAGCUCCUUUUGUUCCUGCCUCUACUUAACAUUCCCUCAGCGCUUGACAUUAUGUAGCGUCACAUAAUUGGAGAGUUGCCACUUAGUGAGUGAAGGGUCAGGAUUUAAGUGGAGUUGAAGAUGUCAAGUUGACUGCGCUUGUUUUUAUAUGCGAAGACUCAUCAAAUACUCUUUGAUGAUAAAUUGGGAAACAGUAAUUUCCCUUAUUAUUGGUGCACUGCAGUAACUCAUAUGUCUCAUAUGUCAGUCAUUUCCGUAGGGGGCAAAGUUUCAAGCAGUUAGUUCUAAAGGGUGGUCAUUAGAUAGGUUUAUCAGCGUUUAAAAAUACAUUCCUCGAUAAAAAAAAAAAAUGUAUGAGAGCUUUCAAAGAAAACACAGGAAGUUCCUUCAUGUAAGCUGAUGAUUAUUCUUUUAUUCCACUCGGUGUUGGCAGGGUAAUAUGUCCUUCUCCUUUUUUAGUUUUUACUCAGUCUAACAGUAAGUUUUAGAGGUGUCAUCGAUAACAAAAAAGGUUGACAGAGAAGAUUACAAUAACCUGAAAAUGAUUACAAGAACCUUUGCCUCUCCCUGACAGUGAGUUAAGUCUAGACUUGCUCUUUUUGAAAGUGUCUUGGAAUAAUGAUUGUUGUGAUUUGUUGCUAUAUAAAUAAAAAAAAACGAUUAAUUGAUCUCUUCCCUUUGUUAGAAGUAAAGCUAAAAUACAGCCUCAGAGUGUGUGAACAUGUACAACAUUAAUGAUCUUUGCAGUUGGUGCAACGGAAAAGAUUCUUGUGAACAUUUCUUGUUGUUGUUAUUGUUGCUUACACCUUUCUCUGAUGUUAAUCGUCCUUAAACAGGUGGGAUAACUCGCAGGAAACAUGAUCUUCGCAAUGUGAUACAAUACAAGAACUUAAUUGAUCCCUAAAGGAAAAUUAGUUUGGAAUCUCAUCCUCCUGAUAUUAUUACAAUACUGCGUUCGAGGCGGAAACAAGAUGGCUGUAUCUACGAAGUUAUUUUAGCACUUGCCUUGUCUGAAUAUAAGGCAAGCGCUAAAAUAACUUUCAUAGGUGUAGCCAUCUUGUUUCAGGCCUUCGAUUUUGCUUUUUCUGACUUGGUAACUGAAACGCUGUGAACUCCGGUGUGACAUCAUUUUCAGCUCUGAGGUACACAAGUCCCUCAGGAUGUUGAGUCUGUAUCUUAGCAAUUGCUUCAUGGAGAACAUCACACGGAACUUCAGCCGUUGCCUUGGGAAGGAUGUAUACAAGUAUUGUUAUGAUAUGACUGAACUUCCUUGGAACAUAAAAUGUCCAAAGAGCAAUCGCCAACAGUUUAAUAUCUAGACAACCCAACUUCCCUUUGACAGUUACGUGUGAAGAGUUAUACCAUCUCUGUUUAACAAAUAAAGGCUGACUCCCUCGUUUCUACUUGCCACGAGCUUUAGCAUCUCUGUCUGACCUUAUGAGAGUGAAGCCAGGUAGUUUCACCCAAGAGUCAAAGUUGUUUAGACUCAACAAGGUUUCAAUAAAACACAUGGGAACUUCACUCAUGGUGUAUUACAUCAGUCAAAAAUAUUGAUGUCUGUUUCUCUUUCUCCCCUCAGUUGGACCCCUCUCCAAGCAAAGACAUCCUCAACAAGUUUGUAAGAACCACCAACAUUCAAAGUAAUCUCUAUAUCUGACAACAGCCAUAUUGCACACUUCGCAAUGCAAUAUAAUUCUAUUUUCCUGUGGUAAAGUACUCUCAUUUUUGGAAAAGAAAAAAUGUAAAGAAAGCAUUUGUUUGAAUGCAAGUUAAUAAAUAAUUUGGUCUUUUUAA